CUUCCUUCAUCUUGAGCUAAAGACUAUAUAUACUUAUAUCUUGAGCUAAAAAAUCUAGAUCUGAAAAAUGGGUAUUAUGAUCAAAGACUUGAUUGAAUCAAAUGAUCUCAUUUCUGUUCCUCAAUCCAAACAUGCACUCCCAGCAAAAGCCGAGGAUCUCGCUAUGUUAGCUGAAAAAGUAGAGCAAGUUACUCUGCCCGUCAUUGAUUUCUCACUCCUCACUUCCGGUUCCGCUGAUCAACGGUCUCAGACCAUCGAAGACCUUCGAAAUGCAUGUCUGCACUGGGGAUUCUUCAUGGUGACUAACCAUGGAGUUCCAGAGAGUCUUAAAGAGGAAUUGAUCAAUUCCUGUAUGAAUUUCUUCGACUUAAGUCCCGAAGAGAAGUCGGUUUAUGAAGUUGAAAACGCUUUAGACCCUUGCAUUUUGGACCCAAUUAUAUGUGGAACCAAUUUUAACCCUGCCUCUAAGAGUGUCUCCUUUUGGAGGGAUUAUCUUAGAAUUUUAGUGCAUCCAGUGUUUCAUUCCCCUCCUAAACCAGACGGUUUGAGUGAGGUUUUAAGUGACUACAGCAGAAGAUCAAGAGAUAUAACCAAAGAAUUACUUAGAGCCAUAAUGGAGGGACUAGAAUUAGAGGAAGACGAUACUGAAAAGUCACUGGAACUGAAAUCUGGUGUUCAAAAGUUUUCUGCCAAUCUCUACCCUCCUUGCCCACAGCCAGAACUUGCUAUUGGUUUGCCCCCACAUGCAGAUCAUGGUCUUCUAACCCUAGUCAUGCAGAAUGAUGUUGGUGGACUAGAAAUCAAGAACAAGGGGAAAUGGGUUGCUGUGAAUGCUAUUCCCAACUCUAUCAUGGUUAACACCGGUGAUCAUAUGGAGGAUUUGAGCAAUGGGAAGUAUAAGAGCGUGCUUCAUCGAGCUGUGGUAAACAAUAAGGAGACAAGGAUAUCCUUGGUUAUGACCAAUGGACCACCAACGAGAACUUCAGUAUCUUAAGAAAUACUAUCAACAAUGCAAUUACCCACCUCUUGGCAGAACGUCAGUUGUGGAUGGUGGAAUUGGAGUUAUCUGUGUGGUUUAUGAAGUCAACUAUGACUAGCCUGGCAUAUGUAUAAUUAUGUGUGUGGUUUGCUUAGUGUGAUUUUAUUAUGCAUUGUUAUGUGUGAUUUCAUGAGUGAUAUGAAUAGUAUGUUUGUAAUAUCUGUCAGUGAAUCAAUAAAUUCAUCAGCUCAUGGUGUCUGUUAAUAUAGACACACUUAAGAUUCCUUA